AAUUGAGUGUGUUUUUGUGGGUCAAAGAAAUGAAGCAAAACAAUAUUACAAUGCACGUGGAAUUUAGUGCAGAAGUGGGAAACGGAAAAUAUUUUGCACUGGAUGAUAUAAAGUAUCUUCAGUGUGCAGAUGCUGAAAAGUGUACAUUUGCUAUGGACAAAUGCUUCUGGAAUAACAAACAUGACAGCAAGUUGCAGUGGCAAGUCAAACAAUUUUCAAAUACGCCAUUCCACCACGCUUUAGUUGCAAACAUUUCAGACCCAGUGUUUAUUACUGCAUCUAUUGGAAAAGUUAGCGCCAGCUUUGAGGGACCAAUCACAUACACCAGUGAACACCUUUGUUUUAUACGAGUCUCAUACUCAUUUGCACCAUCACAGUCUGCUUUGAAGCUACGCUUCUUGAACAAUUCAAAAUUAGUGCCAAUUUCUGUUCAACCGAGUUUGAGUAAAUUGUCAGUCGAAUAUUUUGUUCAAUAUGGCUUUUUGAGUUUCGUUAAUCUUGAAGCUCAAUGGACCAAAGAUGUUGGAUCAUUUAUUGUAUACAGUUUGCAGUAUCUUCGUUGCCAUUAUUCAUCAUUUGAGAGCAUGUCAAAGUGGCAUGAUGUGUCACCAUCACAACACUCUAACUGGUCAAUCAUUCAUGUUUCUGAAAACAACACGUCGUUGAUGCCACCAGUUGAUCACACGUAUGGAGAACACCAAGCAGGGACUUAUGCUCUUGCCACAGGAGUAUCAGGUUUUGAUGCUGUUGGAACUUUUGGCACUAUGUUAUGGUCAAAUGUAUGUGGACUACGUUUCUGGUAUUUUGUGUCUGAGGGUGUUGCUCGGUUGGAGUUUUAUGUUUAUAAUACGUCUGGGGUGCUUGUUACUACUUUUGAUGAAAAAGUCAGUGGAGUGACAGAACGAUGGCUGUUUGCAGAAAUGGCUGUUGGAUAUGAUUUGUUUGGAUCAGAGAUUGAAGUAGUGGCAUCUUCUGCAAAUGGGAAUUCAUUCUCGGUUGCUGUAGAUGAUAUAGAAUUUACUGAAUGUGCUGAUUUUCUUUCCUGUUCAUUUGAAAGAGAUCUCUGCUUUUGGAGUAAUGCUGAUGAUUUCUCUACUGCUUUAUCUUGGACUCGCUGGCGUGGACCGUCUCCAAUUGUUAACUCUACUUUGGUAUCAGACCAUACACGUGGAACUCCACGUGGACAUUAUCUAUUGCUGCUUCCUGUUUACAACAAUUUCUCAUCACCUUUCAAUGCCACUGCAGUUCUGCAAGGUUUACCUCUCAGCACGAAGUCAGACGUUUGUGGCAUUGAGUUUUGGUAUCACGUGACGUCGUCAGGAGAGUCAGUUGUACUACAGGUCAGUCUAGAGAGUGAAUCAGACCAACGGAUCAUUUGGGAAUAUGACAGUUCUGAUGAUGAGGAUAUGAUGUGGAGAGAAGUGACGGAGAUGUUUGUAUUGCAUGAUGUAAGUCAUGUGCAGUUCAUGGCGAGAAGCAGCGAUUACCUUAGAACAACUAUUGCUCUUGACGACGUCAGAUACUUGGAAUGUGAAGGUGAUUCAGGAAUGGACAUUCCUACAGCAUCAGAAUUACCUUCUUGGGUUUCAUCUUCAAUUACAACUUUGACUACUGAUCAUUCUACUUCUGUCACAUCUGCACAUGCCACCACUCCAGUUGUAGUUACAACUUCAAGAGAAGCACGUUCUGCAUCUUUAAGAGAGACACAUCCUACUCGUCUGCAAUCGUCUACUGAGACACCCUCUAUAUCUCAUGAAACAAAACAACAACCUACAGCCAGCACUUCUAACACUAAGAAGCCUGCUGCUCGUGGCAAGAAAUCUAGUGGCAGUGGCAUGUCUACAGCAGCAAUUGCAGGUGGAGCUGUUGGUGGUGUCAUUGCUAUUCUCUUGAUAAUCAUUAUCGUCAUUCUACUUACUCGAUAUCACAAAAAUGAGCAACACAAAAACAAAAAUACCUCAAACAAGGACCAACUAACAACCAUCCACAAUCCAGCUUAUAAUCCCACCAAUAUAUCACGCAAUGCAUCUCAUUAUGCUCUUGUGUCUAACAUACAACACAGUGAUGGUGUAUAUGCUGAAGUAGAUGGAGGGAAGAACAAAUGUGAUAUGUCAGCGAAUCCUCUUUAUCAACAUAGCAGUUGUGGCGAUCAGGAAUAUUCGACAAUUGAUGAGACUAGCAGGAGUGGGGGUGCUCGUGAAUCAGUGAAUAUCUUAUACGAUUCAAGCGAUAAACCGCAACAUCAACGCAAGAGCAAAUCAUCAGAGAACGUUUUGUACCAAUCAUCAUAUGACCAGCUUCAACAUGGAGAGAAGGAAUGGAAGGAUGCAGCUCCUAAUGACUCACCACCUAGAACCACGAAUUCUGCUGUUAACCAAGCAGACGGGAGUGAGACAGACUAGAUGUGGAUGAUAUGUCUCAUCAUGUUAGCAGUGUCUAACACUUGAGUUGUCAUUGUACACGACGACCAAUUGGCAUGGGGUUGAUAUGAUUUGUAGGACACUAUUUCAUGUUAUAGUUGAGGAAAUUAAUUUGUAUUGUUUAAUAUGACAAUGAGUGUAGAAAAGGUGAAAAAAGGUGCUUUUAAAUUUGGUCUUGGAGAGAGAGA